AUGGAAAUGACCAGCAUCAUGAUGGAAAACCAGCAAAGCUGCCGGUUCACGUACAGCAUGAAUAUCCUCGCAGAUCUCCCACGGAAAGAGCAGCCUCCAGUGGAACGCUUGAUAGAGUUCGAUACACCAGCUCAAGUAAAAUCGGUUUUCAGUUCAGCACAACGAUCGACGAACUUCAAGCAAAGUGUAGCUUUUCCCGCAAAAUCGGUUUUGCUCAAUCUAGCAUCAACACAUGUCAACAGUUCGAUUUACUGCCCCAGCUAUGAAGUACCGAAAAGGACGCCUGCAUGGAUGAUAGCGGCGUCUAUCCUGCUCAACGUCAUCGAUGAAAAUGUGGAUCCAUGCGACGAUUUCUAUUCAUUCACAUGCGGCAAAUACAUGAAGCAGACCGAACACUAUUCGACAGCACUUCAAGCUCAAUUUGAUGUCAAUGUCGCAAUAGCAAGAGCUCUUGAUCAUGUCGAUGUCAACGAUGAGAAGCAGUGGUCACUUACUGAGAGAAUAACCAAAGCGGUCAGUUUGGCUUGCACUCAUACACAGAGGUAG